CUGAGCCCCGGGCUGGUGCGUGCGAGGCGCAGAGACCUGAGCCCACAUGGCGCAGAAACCUCUCGGCACCGCUGCGGCCGAGCGCAUGAACCUCGUGGCGCAGGACGAGAUCUGGAAAUACCGCCUGAAGGCUGAAACCGAAGCGCGGCAAAACUGGGCCCAGAACUGGGGAUUUUUAACAACCCCUCUCGAUGAGCUGCUCAAGGGCGAACAAGAACCCUCCACCUCGAAGCCCAGAAUCGAGCUUCCCGAGCGGUUCCGCAUCCGGCCAGUGACCCCAGUGGAGAAGUACAUCAAGAUCCUUCCAUCCCCCCCAGUCCCGAAGACGACGUAGGGCCUCAUCGGCUGGAGAUCCGGGGUGCCGGGCCUGAACAAGUAUCUGGAGCACGAUUGUGAGAUCAGAAGCUGCAAAGGGGCAUAUGCCAAAGAGCUGAGCUGGCCGAGGCAAGGCAUCCACUGAGCCCAGAGACCAGCCCCGGGCAGCUGAUGUCCAAGCCAGCGAAGGGAGGAGCUCCCUGGUGCUCUCUGCUGAUACAGUCUCCCCCAUGUUUGCUCAGCAGAUAUUCCAAAGAACACAGAAUAGCCCCUUGACACUUUCAAUUCAUCAACACCUCCCUUCCAGAACAUUCUCGUAGCACACCCAUUCUUGGCUAAUGUAAUGAAUAAGCCAAAAUAGACUCUGAAUUUUUCUUUGCUACCUUGGGAAUUUCUAAGUCUGGCUUUUAAAAAAACAAUGUGAUUGAAUUUUAAGAAUUAAAUUUUGUCUAGGUCCUUUAUUGUCCCACCAUCUGUUUAUAAUGAGACUGUUGACCAGGUGUCUCUGAGCCCCCAAAUAUUCCUGGACCUGCUUUUGCAGAGGAAUAGAGCUCUUUGAGGAUCCCUUGAUUCUCCGUUCCCAGGAUACUUGCAGUAAGUCAACAGCUUUGAAGGCAGAAAUGAGGCCCAGACUUGCCACUGAGCAUAGAUUUCCAGGAGAGGAUGGGUUCCCCGUGCACUUUAUUAAAA